CCUUCAAUCGCUUGUUUCAAUUCCCCCCUCUCGCAGCGAAUCCGAUCGAACCACUUGGCACUCCCACAACGCGCUAGGCCACUUCGUCGCGCUCCUACAAACGCACCCAACCGGCGGCAAUUGAUGCGCCCUACCGCCCCGGAAACAUGUCUGCCCCUUUGACCGACGAGGAGCGCGCAGCCUACACCCGCGUCAUCGAUGGCGUUCUUGCCUCGGCGGAUCUCGAGACGGUGACCCGCAAGAAGAUCCGCCAGGGUCUAGAGGAAGCUGUCGACAAGGACCUCAGCGACCAGAAGGAUGCCAUCAAACGGCUGAUCGAGGCCCGUUUCGACGCCAUCUCGGGCGUCGUCGCCCAGGUGCCCACCCCGACGUCCGGCACCAACGAGACCAACGACACUAACGACACAAACGGGCACGCGCCCUCGGACGACGAGACGGGCGACGCCGUGAUCGAGGUGUCGCUGCCGCCAGCGACCAAGAAGCAGAAGCGGGAGAGCUCGAGCGAGGACGCCGACGCCCGGCUGGCCGCCGAGCUCCAGGCGCAGGAGAACAGGCUGUCGCGCGGCCGGGUGACGCGCGGCGCCGGGACGGCCAAGCCCGGCAAGCCCAAGGUCAAGGCCAAGGCCAAGACGGCCAAGAAGAAGAGCGCCAAGCGGGUGCGCUCCGACGACGACGACAGCGACGCCGACGGCUCCGACGCCAGCGGGAAACCCAAGCGCAAGGCCGGCGGCGGCUUCCAGAAGCCCUUCAACCUCAGCCAGCCGCUGGCCGACGUCUGCGGGGAGAGCCAGCUAUCCCGCCCCCAAGUAGUCAAGAAGCUCUGGGACUACAUCAAGGGCAACGAGCUGCAAGACCCCAGCGACAAGCGCCAGAUCCUCUGCGACGAGAAGCUGCACGCCGUCUUCAAGCAGGAUAAGAUCAACAUGUUCUCCAUGAACAAGCUGCUCGGGAACCAGCUCUACCCCGUCGAGGACUGACGGGUGAGGGGGGAGCUGCGGCUGCGGCUGCGGCUGCUGUUUUU